UGUUUCAAUGAUUUGCUUACCAAGUCUAAUCGUACUGAAAUACAGACUUAUAAAGUAGAGGAACGAACUUUUGGGACACCCUGUAUAGGUUCUGUACAACUGCUUAGGUUGUUAAAAUAACCGCAAGGAUCACAUUCUCCCUGAUUUAAUCCAUAGAUGUAAAUGGCAGUGAAAGAAACGGUAGUUAGAAAUGAUGUUGUUAUUGUUUUUGUUAUAUAGUCCUUUACUACAAGUAAUAUACAAUACGAAUUACAAAGGAUACCUGUUGUCGCCACCUUUAUCUGUAUAUCUGUAAUUCUUUAAGGAAGACACUCUCCUUUGUGUCUCACAAGUCCUUAAACGUGUGUGUUAAAAGCCUCCGUCCAUACGUGAACGGUGGUCUGCAAGCUUGUGAGCCGCCGAACGCAUGCGGACACAACCUUGAAACCUAGAUCUGGAAUGGAAAGAUUAUUCUCUAUUUUUUUUCCCAGAGUACCUGCUAUACAGUGGUUCACCCUGCCCAGCUGGAUCCAUUUUGGUGGAUAACCAAGUAUGCUGUAAGUUAUUUAACAGUUAAUGAAUGAAGCUGAGUAUCUUAUGAAGAAUUAUGGAGAUCGAGGACUCCAUAAUUCUUCAUGUGAUGCCAAAGCCGAAUUCAAUAACUGUUUUAUUAUUCAUUCAAAAUAAUUCCUAGUUUAAAAACAUAGCUAAAACAUGCUUACCUCUAUCGAUCCAUCGAUGUUCAGUUCAUGUUCGAUAGUGUACGUUUAGGUUUGUCCUGCUCCGCAAAUAUUCUCCAAAUAGCAGAUGCCGCCCUUCGAAUUGUCUUCUUACUGUUCUUGCCAUGUUUUUAGCUAUUUUUUCGCCUAGUUCUUACUCUUGAAACGAGUGAAAUGUCCGCCAUUUUUUCAAGUUCACAUCCAAAACAACUCAACCUCGUCCCCAGGUCUUCUCGGUUAACGGUGCCUUAACUUGUUCAAUAUCCUUCCUGCAUACUCAUUAGCAUUUAGUUAUGGGAAAGUCACCCCAGACGAGCGAACCCGCUGGGGAAGACAAGUAGGUGCUAAUAGAGUACACAGGAGGGGUGGGAGGGCGGUGCGAAUCCAACCAAAGUUAGACAAACUGACAACUAUGAAUAAUCAACACAUGCUUAUACAGUAUGCACGAAGUCUAAUGAAUAUUAAUAAGGUUUGAAUAGUUCAAUAUCCUUCCUGCAUACUCAUUAGCAUUUAGUUAUGGGAAAGUCAACCUAGACUGCGCCUACCACUGUGAAAUUACCCUAAUAGAUCAUCCAAGCACACCAAAUAAACCCCCUAAACCUACCCAAUCCUUAAACGCGUUAACAUCCCCAACCCUAACUUAAGUUCAAGUCCCUUAAACUAAUGACCUGCAAGAGGCGAAAACUUCUAAGUGGAGGCUUUAGUAAAACCCCGCAAAUCAUUAUAUUCCUUAUAAGCGUCAGCUAAGUCUAAAGUCAAAGAAGAUAGGGCGUCAGCAGCGCCACCAGAGCUAAGUACUUGAUUCAGUUUAUUAUAGUGCAGUACUGUGGACGAUGAUUUCCAGCACACAUGGUCCAUGGUCUGAUCAAGUUUCGUUCCGGCCAGCGCAAGAGAAAUCGCACAACCACUUCUUAAACCGUGCAGAGUGACGUUCCGAUUAGCCAAGUCCGGGAGCUGGCUAGCGUACAGUGAUAAUCGCGACUGGGCUGCAGCAGACCCAAAAGGGGCAGGCAGAACCUCCCCUGAUGGGUUCAAAGGUCGAAACAAAAAUCCAAGGCGAACAGGAACCUUUAAUAAGUCGCAAAGAUUAACGUAAACCUCCAUGGCGGUAACCGGGCACACUGUCGGAUCCACAUGACGCUUAAGGCCAAAAAGAUUCGAAGCACCAUCCCGCAGGGACUUCGUCAAGGUGUGGUUGAACAACAAGCCCUGGUUGUUGGGGAAGUACAGCAUCUCCUGCGUUCGUACUCGACCCAAGUCCCCCGCCCUGUCACCGCCAAAGAACUGUAUUUUAAAAAACGCUUGAUCCCGUGCUAAAAUAUACAACUGUGAUGGAGAACGAAGGUCAGUGUUCAAGCGCUGAAGUAUCUCAGGCGACAAGAUCACCAAAUCCCUGAAAAAGAAAGGCUCAGCUUGCUUGGGGACAACCCGUGCAACCAACUGUUCCUCUCUAAUGGCCGAUAAAUAGGACUUGACCUCAGGGGAAGCUGCAGGAUAAGCGAGCCCGAGAAAAGGGCCAUCAAUGGCAGUUCUACCAUAUUUGUUGACAAUGGCUCUCAGUUUCCCAAUGGUAGAGUCAACCGAACCAUACGCCAAGCGUUUAGGGCACGAACAGGACGAAUUACUUCCCUCUCCAAAGAACGGACACGUAUCACAAUGUACCACCGUUUUACCAAAACUGUCCUUCCUAAUCAAGAAAUCGACGACAUCAUCAGGAAUGGCCGUUGUGAAGUAAAUCCGAGGAAAUCCAUAAACCCAUCCUCUAAGGCACUCUUUCUGUUUCUGGUAUGGCGUAGAGCGUUGCCUAGCAACCAAACACUGCUUACGCGCACUUAUAACGGACAAAUUGACAGGAGCUUUAAGGUGAGGAGAAGCCUGGGAAACUCUCUUCUGACGUUGAUAACCACACCUCUGACAGAAGCGGAAAUCACAGUCAUUGGGUUUGGCGCAAACUGGACAAGACACAGACGGUUGAAACAGUCUGGGAACAAUCGGUAAAGACUGAAAGGAAAACAUACCCGUUAGGUCGUCCGGGAGGAGGAGCGUGCAAUUUGAAACGCCCAGAGGUCAUAGGGGCAUAAACGGGGUACAAAACCAUGUCGAGAAGGGAAGAGGAGCGCAUCGGCCGACCCCUUCUUAGCAACUAAAACUCUGCGGGUAGCCAACACAUUUAGCAAUGGCCACCAACCAGGCAAAGGGGACAAUUUUGGAACUACAAUUGUAACAGCUGCAUUUGCAGACGCAAAAAGGCGCAGCAAAGGGCCAAUCAAUGAAAAAGGAGGGAAAACAUAAGCGUUUACAUGGGUGCCAUCGCACACCGACAGGUCUUGAUUAAAAACAUUAACCCCAGACGUGCCAGGGGUAGGAUAAUUGGUAAAAUGCCUCAACGGGUUCCCUUUCCCAUCACAUUGAGCAUUAGAGUUUAGCGACAUGAGAUCAAGAUCAUGGCCGUUAGCGCCCCCAAAAUGGCGCUGGACAAGAUCCCAAGAUGUCGGCGAAAGCAUAGCAUCCGAGGGAGACAACCUCCUAGAAAACCAAUCCGCCUGAUUCGAGUUGGAGGGAACAAAAGACAUGUCAAGAGAAAGAUUUCUGGCCACCAGAAACUGGAAAAUAAGUUGUGAAAUUUGCGUUAAGGCCCUCGAGCGCGGUCCCCGCCCCGACCACGAAUGGAUGGCCACCAUAUUGUCGACUUGUGCAUCAAUCCGGCAAUCGCGGAUAUCUUCAGGGAGGGACUGUAGACCUUUGAGGACGGCCCACAUUUCCUUCACGUUUAUGUGCUCGCCCCGGAUGUCUUCAUCCCAGUAAUCACCAACCGAAAGCGUUCGGGAGGGAAGAUGAAUGACCGCUGCCCAUCUGAAGGAGGAUGCAUCCGAGGUAAAGGAAAUUGCCACAUGACUUUCACUUCUCCAUCGAACCACUUUGUCUUAACUAUCCAGGAACCUCCAGAACAAAAUCUCCUCUCGCAAAACUGGGGAUAUCUUUACCUCGCUACCAUUAGACGCCCUCGCUAUGGACGCUGCCAUCUCCCAGAUAUAAAUUUAGCCCCAGGAAAAGCCAGUGAGAAGGAAAUGCAUUUCCCCAUUAAUCUUUGAAGCGACUUCGAGGAAACAGUGGCUUCACGGAGGAGUAUCUGUUCCCGCAGUUGAGCAAACUUCAACUUCUUGUCUUUGGGUAUACAAAAAGCUUGCGCUGCAGAGUCGACAAUCAUUCCCAAAUAUUGGAUCCGAGUCGCAGGGACCAGAACGCAUUUAGCAAGACCCAAGAAAUAACCCAAACCAACAAGAACUUUGCAAACUAUAUGCAAGGCCACCAUCGCAGACCGAUAACUGUAAUCCGGAGUUCUCCGAGAAAUGGGGCGCGACCAAAAACCCUCCGAAGAAAACAACUCCCCAUUUAAACAAUCGUCAAUGUAAAGAGAACAUGCCACCCCCAAGUUCCUGAAAAAAAUUCGUUGGACCCAAGCCAACAGUUUGGUAAACAAAGGGGGAAUUCUUCCAACCAAACGGGAGCGUAACACCAACUAGCCACCACCCCUGCCACGCGAUGCCGAAAUAUUGCUGAGACUCAGGGGAAAGCAGAAUAUGAUCAUAGCCAGACUUGUCGUCGAUCUUGCUCAUGUAAGAGUUAGGAUACACGAAGCGAGGAACUCCAACGAGCGCGUCAAGAGAGAAAGGGGUAUCCCUCAUCCACAGAUUUAAGAAUCGGGCGUCAAUACAUAAUCUGGGCUUCUGCGGUUCGAUUGUCAUUGGGAGGACCAAGUGGGGCGGGCUUACGUCCCCAACCCGACCCUAGACACGGAUUGCCCCAGUCUCGAUGCGCUGUAAAAGUAUCUCCGUAACAAACUGCGAAAACUGUUUACAAGAGUGGUGGUUUUUGAAGGCCCUCGAUGGGGGAUCGGUGCUAUCAUAGUUGACACCCAUAAAGGACCCCCGAAACGGCCUCAUAAAUUCCCUGAUAUUUACACCCUUUCCUAUCCACUCAAGGACAUUUUCCGCCUGGUCAUAACCCUCCAAAAUAUCCUUCCAGAGGUCAAUGCAUGUACGGAGUUCACCAGACUUAAAAGAAUCAGGAUCACGAAAAGACAAAUCACACAUCGAAACGGGUGUUUCACCCCGAACAAUGCUACAAAUAUCCGACAGGCACUUUUUACUGUUAGUUAUUCUCUCUGAACUUGGGUCUCCAUCCAAGGAUAUCCAGCGUAUUUCUCUAUGUUCAGCCCUCUUCUCCGCUUCCAAGGGCGCAAACUCUAAUACCUCUCCCCUUAGACGCUUCACCGUAGGCUAAAAGAAAUCAUCGAAACGAACGAUCAGAAGGGGAAAGUAACCCGCGCCCAGAAAAAUUGCAUCCGAGUUCAGAGAGAAUGACCACCGUAGCCCGAGUAAUCGGGCCCAAGGGCAUGCCUAUAAGCAAAACGCUAGUGGGGUCACCUCUCUAACCUUGAGACAACAGAUUCGUAGGAAAAUACUAACAGAAACGUAGACAACGUAUUAAGUACAAACUCGAACGCUUUAUUAUCAAUGAAACAUUAUCAAAUAACUUCCAGAAAAAGAAUAUCAGAACAAACGUGAAAAUCAGGAUCAGCGCCUCUCUCGGCAAAAACGGGAGAUGUGGCCCAUCUUUCCACACAGCCAACAACGAGGAGCGGUUGGAGGCCUUAUGAGGAAAGUCCCACGCCUUGAAUACGGGCUUCCACGCGUCCGUCCCCUGAACGACCCGUGGUAGGCUGAGGCAGGCUACUUUGUCGCUUUGGCUAUAACCUUAGCCACCGCGGCUUCCUCCUUCGUUGCCACUAGCUUAAUAAGAAUCUGUUGUAGGUUUGGACUGUUAACCAAUGGGCGGCACUGUCUCAGAACUAUCUGAAAACGGGUGGCCCUGUCGUCUUUCUUGUCUCUCGUAACGUUCACUACCUCCUCGAGAGCGGCAAUGGCGGCGUAAGGGUCGAACAAGGCCGCCGGCCGGGCGAUGACCAUUUGUAGCGAAGACAAAGCCGAGUCCACCACCGAAGAAUCAACCUUUCUUUUCCACUCAUCCAACUCCUUCUUCAAUGUCCCAACUGUUGUAGCGGAUUCCUACAUACAACAAAAAUGGACGCUAAUUAGAAACUAUUCCCCGAUCGAACCCGUCCCCACCACAUGGGAACCUCUACGCGACUGCAGUGCCCUCGCACGCGCUUUCUCUCUCGUUACUUAAGUAACCUGCGAGGCCAAACGCGCAAGAGUUCGCGACACGCUCCUCCCACGGUCCUCGACCGGGAACACACCACGGCCUCAUGGCAUGACAUAAAUCCACGACCCGCUUUCCAUGUCCCUUUAUUCCUCUCCCUCUGUCUAUUUAACAGGAUAAAAGAGUAACAGGAGUCCACGACUCACGCUCCCUUCAUUUGCACGGUCCACGACCAGGUGCCACGUCCCUCGUGCCACCGCAUGGAAUAACAGAUGUCCGAGACUUCCUUUCUCCUCCAUUCGUCCUUUUUUUUUCUCAUUUUCGCACCACGGUCCUCGACCGGGUUCCUCUCUUCUCAUGCCAUCCCGUGGCAUAACAGGUCCUCGGUCCUCGACCGCGUUCCUCUAUUCCGAUGCCACCCCGUGGCAUAACAGGAGUCCACGACUCACACUUUCCCAAUCAUUGUUUAACUAGAAUCUACUUCGACCGGUCCUUCGAUGCACGGAGAAAACAACCUCGCGUAGAUUUAAAUGACAAAGAUGACAACUACGACGGUGCAUUAAAUAAAUAACAUAAUUAAUCCUUUGACUGGCACUAAGGUGUCAGACGAAUAAAUUACCAAACACGUGUUUCCAAAUAACGGAAAGCCAGACCUGACAGACCGCUUAGAAAAUUCGAUGAAAACCAACAAUUGGGAAAAAAACACAAAAAGAGAAGAGAACAAAAAAGGCGCCAUUCGAAACGAACGACAACUAGAAACCUACAGGAAAGCGGAAUUAUACGGAAACUGAAAACACUACCUGAAGGUUGUCCGACGACUGCUGUUCCUCCGAGGUCGCGGCAUUACUGAUAUCCUGCAAAGUUGCACCACUCCCGGACGCUUCUGUCUCUGCUGGCAAUACAGGUGGCGUGGUGACGGCGGCGUUUCCCGACGAGAAGUUUCCAGUGGCCGCAACACUUCCUGCACUUCAGCCACAGCGUUCGGUUGGGACGGACGCGUACUGGUCAUAGUCGGUGCGAAUCCAACCAAAGUUAGACAAACUGACAACUAUGAAUAAUCAACACAUGCUUAUAAUUAUAGUAUGCACGAAGUCUGAUGAAUAUUAAUAAGGUAUGAAUAGCGAAAACGCUGCAUUUUUGACGUCAUUUCCUCGUUAAAGUCAAAAUUCUUCCAAAUUUGGUCAUCAGUAACUGGUUAUGGUGAAUUAAACGUGUGCUUUUAGCCAAUCAGAAUCGGGGAAAUAUUUUGAAUGAAUAAUAAUCGAUUUUAAUGCAUUCCCGCACUCAGGGUCUUACGUUAAUCCUAAUUCCUAUUCAAGUACAUGAAUUAUAAGUCUUGCUCAAUUGGUUAUUUAUUAACUUUCAGUGAACUGUCCUCCAGGAAGUUAUGGUGACAACGUUACUAACACAUGUAUAGAAUGUCCCAUUGGAUAUUAUCAGGACGAAGAAGGGAAACCAGAAUGUCAGAUAUGUGCAAAGAGCCGCUCUACAGCCAUCACAGGAGCCAAGAAUAUCUCUGACUGCAAACGUAAGAAAUUUUCUAAUCAGUCUUUCUACCACAGGAAAUUAUUCACAUCUAGCCAGUGUAAAGAGCUCACCCUAUAGGUAAAAGAAGACAUCUUAUGCAGGCUAAAUCCAUGAAACCUAGGGUUAUUUAUAGGUGUUAAAGUUAGAGCCACCUUAUGUGAUAUACUGCCAUUAGAAGUUGUGUAGUGUGACUAUUGUUUCAAGAUAGUUUAUUAUAGCCUAACAAGUAGCAACAUGACAAUCUCCGUAGAUAAAGCAAUUUUUCCGGUAUAUUUUUUUAAAUUGUAAACUUUUGUUGUCUAGUUUAUAUGCCAUUCACAGCGUUUACUUAUUUUAACAACAAAGCCUCUCUUGUUUUGCAGCCAUCUGCCGGGCGGGAAAAUAUUCCACCAACAACGGCGUUUGCCCUUGUAAGAAAUGUCCUCUUAAUACAUUCCAAGAGAAUGAACAAAUGACCAGCUGUAAAGCAUGUCCUGCUGGAACUAGAACGUUGUACACUGGAAGUAAAUCCAUUCACGACUGCGUAGGUAUGUGUAAGAAAGGGUAAACAUUCUAUACUCUCUAACUCCCUAGUACUAAUUCCCUGAGGACAACAAAGGACCCCUAUUGUAGAAGGGACCGCCAUCAUGACAUCCACGUGAAGGGCUAGACUUUUGCAGGGAAGAGGCAACAAAACUGUCUCGGGUUAAAAUUAGGUAUUACUAGAGUUGAAUGGGAUGUUGAGCUCGGAGUACAAUUAUAGUCCGGUUCAACACGCUGGAUGAUAAUGAAAGUUAGAUUAGUUUGAACACUUCUAACGCCUUGUCAAAUGGUCACAAAAUGUGUUUAGAGUCGAGAUGAGUGUCAACUCGCUCAGCUUCCGUGCAGCGUUUUUUUUUUUCUGGAAAUGCUGAAGGGCUUUUUCCUUUCACACUUUUUUGUACUCACAGAAGCGCUGACUGGAGCGCAUGUUUCACUUAGCGUGGUCUCAGAAUCUCACAUUGGAGAGAUUAAGAGUUUAUAGCAAACUUCAAACGACACGGAUGAAUCGGGUGAACAAUUUGAAUUCUCAAAUUAGGAAAUGAGCAGAUUGUUGUGUAUACAAAAAUUGCAAAAAGUCUAUAAAUGAUUCUGUCUUUUUAUCGUGAAUGGAAGCGAAAAGUUUCUGAACUUUUUAGGACCCAUUGAGAAAGAUGUUUACUACAAGCAGGAAAACCUAGGAGAGUCGGAUAGGUGCUCCAUAUGGAUUUUUCAUACUGAUUACCUACUAACUGUUACUUACAUUUUGUAUAAAAAGAAAAAAAUCAAGAUACAACUGUACUCCGAGUUAAUGGCGGUAUUCAUUUGCUGGUGCUUUUUUUGCUUUUCUUAUUUUAUUCAGCUCCUGUAGUUAUAACCGAGACUGUACCAGGUUCAGACUUUUCAGUUCAUGAGAAUGAUACCUUCUCCAUAUUGUGCAAUGUCGAGGGAAGUCCAUCACCGUCUGCAUCCUGGAACAAAACAGGCGGUGAGUCGAUACAUGAAACAAUCUUUAUUUGGGAUACAAUCAAUAAACGGUAGUCCGUUUUACAGUUACAGACGGAAACGAGGCUGGAGUUGACCUGGUUUUGUUACAACUCUUCCUGCUUUAUUAUGUAAAUCAUGUCGUUCUUACGCAUGACUUUCAUAAGUAAAAGAACGAGGUUUGUAUCAAAGCAAGGUCAACCUCAGCCUCACGUUUGAACACUCAAAGGCUGGAAUACUAAGCUCACAAGUGUAAAAUGGUCUAUUAGUUUUAAUAUCAUAGAGGUAUUUCAAUACCAUUUUCAAAUGCCAGUAGAAAUUGUCAGUUUUCCAUUAUGUGAACUUGAAAAACACACACAGCAAACAAACAAACAAGCUGGAAACAGUUUUUUGAGUAGACUUGCUCAAACUCCAGCUGCUGUUAUUUCACCCAGUACUCGUUCUUUUCUCGAUUGUUUUCUUAAGAACAAUGUAAAUAAAAACUCAGCUUUGGUUUACUGAGAAACAACUGUUAAACCUCAAUUUGCUCUUAUUGUAUUCUUAAAUUCUCGUAAUUUCCAAAAGCACAGUAUUGGGACGAUCAUAUUCAUCUUUCGUAUGAUAUGACCCAUAGGUCAAACCAAACUGACGUAUUCUGGCUUGAGUUUCUUCGUUAACGUAUCACAUUUUAUACUUACAUUUUUGUAAGUUUUAAAAGUAAACUUGGACGGACGUAUUUUAUAUCAUACUUGAAAUACGUAUCUUGCAAUAAGCCUCGCGAAACUGGGUUUGGUAAGGGCACUAAAGUUAAGCCCUGCCGGUCGGGGUUAAGAACUGAACGGGUGACCAACCGCGAAUAUCGUCUUAAAGGUCCAUACGUUGUUCUUUCUUUUCUUCUCCUUCUUUUUUGCGUAUUAUGUGGUGUUAUUGUUAACAGUGUAUUGAAAAGCAGAUUUAGCAUUAUUUCGGCGCCCGGAUUUAGAAAAAGACAAAAACAAAGAACAAAUCUUGCCCGACGCAGUUCACCGGAAAAUUAUUAUAGUUCGGGCCGUAAUACAGAGCUGAAACUUUGCAGACUUUGAUCUACAUAUAUCGGCGGGGAUGGGUUUUCGACAGUGAACGAUCACAAUGCCUCUGAUUCCAAUCUCCUGUUCCUCUGUCUCUUGUUGUCGGCGUUACCUUCGCUGUGCUAAGCGAUGUUCCUUCUGCUACACGGUUUCUUGCUGACGUCUUCUCCUUCGUUGUCCACGCUGAAUUGGAAGUCGGCGUUCUCGCUCCAGAGGAGUUUCGGUGGAAAAUCUUCCCGGGCAAGGACUUGGAGUCACUUGUUGUGCUUGUGUGUCAUUUGCAUGGGAAAUUGUUCGUGAUUCACCGAUGGUAAACUUUGAUUCACAGACGAUGACUAAACACAUCAAAGUGUAGCCUGUUCCAGGCUCCAAGAUAGUGGUGAAAAGUCGUUCAGUAAAAAGAAAUGGGAAAAACCUGCGGGAGCUGGGCCGCCGCCACCGCCCCCUUUCCCAAGUCGCGCGCGUCUUAUUUUCGCUUUCCUCGUUUAAUACGUCCCCACUAUACUAUCUGAGAGCCUGGCACAGGCUAAUCAAAGUGCGCCUUGGUCAUCGGGCGGCGAACUCUAUGUUGCCUGGAAACGCAAAAUGCUCCAUGACGUCUCUGGCGGAUACCAAGCAUAUAUUCAGAGAAAGAAAGAUUUAUUUAUUUAUUUAUGAAGCCUCGAAUUUCGCAGCUGGCUAAGACCAAGCGCGGUUAGCAGACUGCGCGCGCCCUUCGCGCGCGACAAGAUUAUAAAGUAGCUAAGCUCGGAAUGACCCGUACAGCGGGCCCCAAGCGCCAUUUCGUUGGAAGACCAUAUGAAAAAAGUCCCGCACGAGGGCCGUACGCGUCAAGUGUUAGGGCCGAAGAAAGCGUGUACGGCCCUGCUGGAAAAGCGCACUGAUCGACGCGGGUUCUCACUCCGUCAGAAAAAUUCAAAAACACAACGGUCAUGUGAUAAAAUGGUUAUUGAUUGAGUUAGGUAGGACUGGACAGGAAAAUAUUUGGUUUCCCGUCCGGCCCUUCCACUCAGUCAAUACACCGUAUUCACAAAUGGCGGACACGCGGGAAAAAACUGGUGCCUAGUCAUGAAAGCGAGGCGUUGGAGGAUAAACAAAAAUUGCAAAUGAAGACUUUCAGUGAACUUGCAGAGUGUUUAGCACGGAUUCCACCUAAAAUAACUUUGUACGGACUUCUUUUUAAAUACAAUUACGUGGGAUGACUUCUGCUUUUAAUGUUUAGUAGCGAUUUGCUGUUUGCAAUCAAAAGGGACGCGUAUAUCUUUAAGGAAACAGGAUGAUUUUGUAGGUUUCCGAAGCAUCAGACGCUCGAAGAGCAGGCGAUGGCUGGAGAAAAGCGGCAAACAUGUUGGCCCAAACCUCACACUGAAACCGAAUAUGAAAGCCAGAUCACUACAAUUCUUUAUUGGAUCAAAUUAAUUCCGUCGCUUUGGAGUGAAUUGUUAGAGGUACGUCUUCAGAGCUUAGCAAAAAUCUCAUGAUUUCUUUGUCAUUGCGAAAUAAUUCAAGAUAAUUUUAUCAAAAUUAGAAGCUGUGGUGUGUGAAUCUUAUGGCUUGCUAUUUGCCUGGUUUCUUUUAGGGCAUUAUCUCAGAGCUCUUGGUAAAAAAAGUGGUAUAAAGCUUACAUUUUACUCGGUUAAAAUUUUAAGGCAAUAUUUUUGUCAGGACUGCACACGGCAAGCUUCGGAUUUCGAAUAAUUGAAUUCGAGUCUGGAUCAGUUUAAGAAGACCAUCAUUUUAUUUAUUUAUGUAUUCUUCAACUUUAAAAUAUUUCCGAACAUCAAGUUAAAACUCUUAACAGCCAAAGGUAAGAAAUACGAAAUUACUCGCUGAAAUGAUAUGUGGCCGGCUUACCGAGUCUGCCGUGUAGCAAGUUGAAAUUUUGAGCGUACUCCUCUCGAUCGCUCCUCCAUUUAUACCUAAAAAAUAGUUCUAAUUGAUGUCCUUCAUUGAUAAAGACCAGAGAAUAACUUCCUGGCAAACAAAAACCAAACAUAACUUCAUCGAAACCUCAGUCACCUCUUCUUUCCUGUCUUCCUUUUUUCCAUCUCGACUUGAACUGUUUUGUUCAACGGCAGACGUCUCUUCCGUUAACAGUUGCAAGUAGGGCAUAUAUCUGUCGCUUAUUUAUUUUUUUCUUGCCACCAAGAUUUGUUUAUAUUUCUGUUUCACCGAAUUGCAGUGAGCUGGUCUUCGUGCUCGGUUUCAAUGUGAAGUUUGGGCCAGCAUGUGUGCCGCUUUUCUCCAGCCAUCGUCCACUUGUCGAGCUUCUGAUGCUUUGGAAACCUACAAAAUCAUCCUGUUUCCUUGAAGAUAUACGGGUCCCUUAUGAUUGCAAACAGCAAAUCGCUACUAAACAUUAAAAGCAGAAUACAUCCCACGUAAUUGUAUUUAAAAAGAAGUCCGUACAAAGUUAUUUUAGGUGGAAUCCGUGCUAAACACUCUGCAAAUUCACUGAAAGUCUUCAUUUGCAAUUUUUGUUUAUCCUCCAACGCCUCGCUUUCAUGACUAGGCACCAGUUUUUUCCGCGUGUCCGCCAUUUGUGAAUACGGUGUAUAAGUACAUAAUCUUACGUACGAUAUCACCACCGAGUCAAGCCAUUCAGUACAGUACCCUAGUUUCGUCUUUUAGUUAUCACUGAUUUGUAACUUGUUUAGGUUCUCUCCCUGAUGGCCGCAGUACGAUAAACGAAAACUACGACCUGCGUGCGAAACUAACGGGUGUGGAAAUGGUGAUUACUGGAGCGGUGGUCUCUGAUUCAGGCACUUACCAGUGUAAAGCCACUAACACGCAGGGCACGGUUACCAAGCAAAUUACGGUUACUGUUCAGGCUGGCGCAGCACCCAGCGGUUAAGAAGGUAAUAGUUAGAUCAUUGUAAAUAACAUUUCGGACUAGCAAUUAAGUCUUAGCUUUACCUUUGCUGAGAAAAUGACGACGAGAACGUCAACGAGAAGGAGUAUUUUUCUUCAUUUUCUUUGUUUCUUUGUUGUUGUUGUCGUUUUUUUUUUUGCGGGGGGAGGGUCUGCAAUUAGUGCUGUCGCCAGCGAGCUGUAGGUAAAUACGACAAAGUACUGUUGCGUAAUUCGGAAAGCCGCUUGAAAACAGAAGAUGCACGCGAAGUUUUCUAGUUUAUCGAUGAGUCUGGUGUAUUUUUUUCCUCGACUAUCGUUUGAAUGUUGUUCGUACUCGUUCUAAGUGCGUAUACUGUUUAAGACUGGAUAGUUUAUUAAUAUUCUGUUAACCACCUUCUUCUAAUGAACAAGAAAACUGAUGCUAACAACGGUCUAUUUGAGGCUCAGAAUGCUGCAUUUUCUUCCGAGCAUAUAGAUCGCAACAUUAGCAAUUUGUCCGAGACGCUGAAUCAUUGUUUGCAAACGUGAAAAAGUUAGCUUUUUUUACAUAAUAUUUCUAAUAAGUUAUAAAAGUAAUUUUUCUAAAAUAAUUAUAUGCUGUAUAAUGACCAAAUUUAAGGUAAAAACUAAUUAUCAUAUAAUUGAAGGGUUUUUAUUACCGCCUAAAAUUACCAACUUAACUUAAUGUCGAAUAGCCAGUAAAUUAUUACAAAUGUAGCUUUUUAAUUAGAGGUAAUAAAGCAACUUCAACGAUGUAUACAGCGGGAACUCAGGACUCCUUGUUUUAAGACUUACACGUAAACUGUAACUUUCAGUAUUUUUAACUGUAAUUACAACAUAACUGUACUCUCCUAACUGCCAGGCUGUUAAGCUGUGAACAUUAAAGUCUUUUUAUCUGUAAGAUAGAUUCAUUUCUCCCUCUGCAGUCUCUUACUUGUUUUCGUAUACCGUAAACGUCCGCUUACAAGCUCUUCCCCCCUCCUAUUUACAGGGGGCUUAAACAACAACGACGGCGACGUCUACGAAAACGUCACUUAAAAAAAGAAUCCGCGCUACUUCAAACUUUAUCGUGCUUAUUCCAGCUCGUUCAAAUCGUCAAAUGUUGGCUAUUUGUUUAUGGAGUUUAAUUCUAAAAGAUUGUUUCAAAGUUCGGGGGAAGAAAAAGAAAGUCGUUGUCUUCGUUCACGUCCUAGACAAAACGUGAAACUAGGCACUUACACGCGUUGUAGUCGUGCAGCGACAGCAAAGAAAUGUACAAAAAAGCGUGAUGCGCGUGCAAAGUUGUUGCCUUGCUAAUCGUUACCUAUCACUUUUUGCCGUUCUCGUUGCCGUCGCUGUCGUCGUUGCAGCUCCCUUAUAAGUCCACCCCUAGUUUACAUCUACCUGUAAAAAAAUACAUCCAGUUAUAUAAGCCCCUCAUUUUUUUCUUCAAUUUUUUACCUCGUUUUGAAGCUUACAUGACUGUAAUGAAGCUUGUUUUCAAAUACGUUUUUUACUCCAGUUAUUAGCCCCCCGUUUCCCCCCCACCCCCCCCCCUUAACAUUUAGAAGUCCUCCCAAAACCCCUUAUGAAGUUUUACAAGCCCACAGGUUAUAAGCGGAAGUUUACGGUAUUGCAAAAGACUUGUUAAGUACCGUAACAAAACAGAAAGAUAUUAGCCGACCUUCUUUUGGUUUGUGCAAAGAGGUCCCUGGGUUAACUUAUAUUGUGCAUGUUUUGACGUAUUUGUUAUUCUUCCUAUUUCACAGAUAAUCUAAACUAAAGUAAAGAAGACAUUACAAAGAAAUUUCGCAAGCUUUCCAAAAGCAGUCAUAUUAUUUCAUUAUUGUCUAUUAUGUUGUGUAGUCUCAAAAAUAAAAGUCCG